CGGAGGCCAACGCGGUCCUCCAGCCCUUCCAGUCUUUCCGCUGGGUUUAAGUGGCCGCUGCUCCGCCGCCUGAGCGCUGUCUUUCUUCUCUCUGUCGCUGCUGGUUGUCUGCGGCCGUUUGCUUGGGCGGAGUUUCGGGUCACAUUGCUGCUGUGACAUGGCUACAUGAUCGAGGGAAUGUGUACCAGGGAAGAGGCCGGCCUCCUCCUGCUGCUGCCCCGUCUGAGGCUGACGGUGCGCCCCAAGCACUCGCCACUUUACAAGGCUUCACAAGUUGGGAGAAUUUGAUCCUAGCUAGGAAUGGAAGUGGAGCUGACUGACAUCUCUCUGCAAUUUCAAUAGCCCAAUCAUCUGUGCAAACUACUUGGUUCCAAAACUUCCAGAACAGCAAACCAGGAUGCACCACAAUCUAUUGGAGAACCAAUGUUGGAAAAACUGAAAAAAAUUUCAAGAUUUCCAUCUGCAGGGGUGCCGUGUUGACACAGUGGUGCAGAGAAGGAUGGGGAAGAGGCGGUGCCUUCAAGCAGAGCCAACCCUCGAGCAGAAGAUAGCAGCGGGUUGCUGUGGAGUGAAGAAGCCCAAGCUGUCUGGCAGCAAUGUACACAACCAGCUGAACCACUCUGGUGUAGGCUGUGGCUCGGUUCCCAGCCUGCAGUCUGGAACAGCCCUGGGGAACCACCACAACUACAGCCAGAACCACAACUACAGCCAGAACCAUUGCGAGAGGAACAAUCGGGACAGCAAUGGAAAUCUGAACUCUUUGAACUCUACACACAGCUCCGUGACUGGGCUGACUGCAGUGGGAAGUCGUCCAAACGGGACUGGGCACAGUGGGACCAGUGGACUGAAUGUGAGGAACUUGGUGGUGACCGCAGAGAUGUGCUGCUACUGCUUUGAUGUGUUGUAUUGUCAUCUCUAUGGAUUCCCACUGCCCCGAUCACCCAGGUUCACCAAUGACCCAUACCCGUUGUUUGUAACGUGGAAGAUGGGCCGGGAUAAACGCCUGCGAGGCUGCAUUGGAACUUUCUCUGCCAUGAACCUCCAUUCAGGACUCAGGGAAUAUACACUUACCAGUGCCCUUAAGGACAGUCGCUUCCCCCCGCUGACUCGUGAGGAACUUCCUAAACUCUUCUGCUCUGUUUCGCUACUCACUAAUUUUGAAGAUGCCAGCGAUUAUCUGGACUGGGAGGUGGGAGUACAUGGGAUUCGAAUAGAGUUUGUGAAUGAAAAGGGGGCAAAACGCACAGCAACGUAUCUACCAGAGGUGGCCAAGGAGCAGGACUGGGACCAGAUUCAAACUAUAGACUCUCUUCUGCGUAAAGGAGGUUACAAAGCUCCCAUCACAAAUGAAUUCAGGAAAGCAAUCAAGCUCACCAGGUACCGCAGUGAGAAAAUAACAGUUAGCUACGCUGAGUACAUGGCCUCACGACAGCAUUAUUUUCAGAAUGGCACCCUCCAUGCCCCACCUCUCUACAAUCAUUACUCCUGACAACAAGCAGCACGACCAAUCACAGGAAUCCAGCUACCACCUCAUCGGAGGUGACACCUCCUCUUCCUGGUCUAGUUACUUUUACUACUGCACUAUUUUAUGAUGCUAGCUUCCGUUGCCAAGCACGCCUUCGGUUAGCGCUACCUCAGACAGACUUGGCAACGGAACGCUGUGACGAAACAGUAGAAUCUUGUUUUGGGGAAGGGAGGGAUUUCUAACAAAUCUUGUUUCUGUUUCUAUACUUGUUUACCUAUGUUUGCCUUACUUUGGUGACUUGCAGGAUUCUGUGUACGAACUGCAGGUUUUUUAGUACUGAAACCAUUGACGUACAGUACGUAGGGUGCUCAGUCUCUUCACCAAUGGAUGACGUAUCCACUGGGUUGUUGAUUUAGUCUUGCCUCCCUAAACCCAAAGGUUACUGGUUCGCAGUUUUCAUUUUGGUGAAUCGUGGGAUGUGAUUUCCCCAAAACGCUGCUCAGAGUGGGGAGAAAAUUCCAAAAUCCUGUGUAAUAAAAAUGGAGCUUUUCUUUAUUCAGUCCGCACAAGCCAAUGGUCAGUCAGUAGGUGCGGUUGAAAAUGCAGUCAGGACGGAAAUGUUUUCCGAAGUUGCUUAAAAGUCGUGUCUCUCAUGACAUGAGUAAGUAUUAACUUGAAGUAAAUAGCAGGACUUCUAAUGGACAUGCUGUGCGUAAUUGCCAAGUGGUGCGCGAUUAUGUGUGCGUGCCUACAGGUCAAGCAUAAUCCAAGGGUGAAUGCUGGAUUUCUUUGCACAUUAUAGAAGAUGUCAGCACAGCCCCAGUUCCAGCAUCACUCUGGCAAUAAUCUGGUUACCUUUUAAUCAACAGUGUUGGAAGGGUAGUAAAAAUCUAGUUUUUUUUUUGUUGCCCUCAUUUACUACUUGUAUAUCUAUAGCCCAAGCAUACAUUUUGUGAAUGAAAACCCUUUGAUAAAGUAAAUUGUAUUUAC